UUGUUUUAAACAGAUAAAGAAAUGAACGUUGUGUUGGGGAAAUAAAGCAUCCUACCAACGCAAAGUCCUCUGUACCCAAUGUAGAAAAAAGAAAGCAAUCUUAUUACUGAGUAAGCAUUUCUAGAGUACAGUAUUGUAGAUAUUUGCGGAAAGAUAUUACAAAGAAGGGAAUUUAACCCUAUUUAUAUAGUCAAGCAAUUAUAAACUUUUUCUGCUAUUCUAUUUUUAACCACUCGGUACAUACAUUCUCAACAUUAACGGUAUCUUGUCUUCCAAUAAGAGGUCGUGACUGUCCCAUUUGCUGCAAGUUCUUUGAUAAAUUCAUCUUAAAUUUACUUGGGAGUCGGAUCUUUGUUAAUUGACUUCAUCCAAAGGAAUAAUAAAAUUUACCUUAUCUCCUCUGCCAGCACGUUUACAGCUCAGAGAAAGGCACCUUCGUCAAACUCCACAGUGAUAGGGACACUGGAUUGUUAUUUUCUCAGAUGUUUAUAUUCAAAAGGGACAAACCUCAGGACUUUGCAAAACAUUCUUGGGUUAUAAACUUGGUAAGAAGCUUACUUAACCUUUAACAAAAUUUACAUGCAAAUCGAAAAGGUUAGAGAAAGGAUCUGAAAGCACUUGGAUUCUUAUGGAAUUACUCUAAGAAAAAGGACAGGGAAAAUGGACCCUUUGGACAAAGAAAAUUCUUUUUUAUGUUUUUCAUUUACUCUUAGUGAGUUUAUCUUAUGUGCCCAAGACUUAACAGCUAGUAAGAGGCAGAACUACCAUUUGAACCCAAAGAGUUGGAACUUCAAGUCUGUGUUUUUAAUCUCUAUUUUUUUUUAAUCAUAGGAAAUAGUCGUGUAUAUGGUUUAAGGAAAUCUUUUUUCUAUCAGGUUUGGAAGGCGGUUUGGGGCUUUGUAGUUUAUAUCUUCAUUAUAGAAGGAAUGUAUGCCCAUUAUGGAGAGAUUAUGAAAUACAGAAAUAUAAGAAGGAAAGAAUCCAAAUUACCCAUAAUCUUGGGGUUUGAAAGUAACCACUGUUUACAUUUUUAAUGUAUUUUGUGUUGGAGCUGUACUAUGCAUGAUAUUUUUUCCUUAAAUUUUAUUAAGAAACAGCCCAGACAUACACACAGAAAAUAGUGUAAUGAAACCUGCCCCCCUCCAUCAGUCAUCUGCAACCCUUGUCAGUGUUUUGCUUGUCUUUUUGUAUCCAUUCCCUUUGUCACACAAAAUACUUCUGGGGGAUAUUAAGGGGAGGAGGAGAUGGAAUCUUUCAAAUUAAAAACAAACCACAGUCAUGGAGUCACUAUUUAAAAUCCACUAACAUAAAAUUAUCUAAAACAGAGAGCAAAGGAAAAGCUCUUUGUUAACUUAACAGUUUUCAUUCUUGACAACCAGGAGGAUCGUAGUUAUGUAUGUAAGAAAGCUAAGGGACAUAGAAACAUUGAAAUUUGAAGAGGAAUAAUUACGAAUUUGGUUUCUUUAAUUGGAGUUUGACUUGAAACAGUCUUCUAGAUCUUAGUCUCUGAUCUGUUUCUCCGUUAGGCUUUGUGGUACUUUGUUGCAGCGAGAAUGUCACAGUCUUUAAAGUGUGCUUCGCACCCAGCAAAGAGACGCUUUUCAGUGUUUGUGGCUGGUGAGGCUGCCCAACAUCCUGAAACAGGGACCUGCAGCCCAGUUAGAUUUUAUUCAGAAUUCCUGAAAUGGAUUUCGGAAACAAUAAAGGGGAAUCAUACAAACUUUAUCGAUCCUAACAGGCCACGAAACAGGCUGUUCCCGUUAGCAUCAAGUUUAAAGUUAAAUUAUGUACAAGCUAGAAUGACUUCCCCAUACCUCAAUAUGUGAAAAUUUCUUCCAUCAGUACAUUUAAGCAAAUAACAAGUCUUUAUCGUGACUGUUGUAUAAACACUUAACAAUAACGUGUUCAUCUUUCAAAUUCAGAAACUCCCUGAGGAAUGAUUACAACGGACCUGAUUGUAUUGAGAAAUUGAUCACAUAGGUCCAUGCGGAAGCUUGUUUUUUUCACCCCAUGUCUAGCUGUCCUUAGCAGCCAAUUUCUGAAUUAUUUGACUAUUCUGUUAACAGUAGUGGGAAUUUGCAAUAUAAUCUGUCCCCAUUGGGGAGAGGGGGGUUUUUCAUUCUUUUUUAUAUCUAAAAAGUGUCUUAAAACUUCAUUUUAAAAGCUCUCAUUUUUUUUCUCUUUUUUCUUGUAGAAUAGGUACAAUUUUAUUACAGUGUUCUGUUACUUACAGUCCUUUUAAGAUUCUGACUUUUCAAAUAUAUGCUAUUAUGUUUUGUUUGUCAGUGAGAAAAAGCUAAAUUCUACUGGCGCCAGAGAACUGCUUCAGGUCGGCAGGGAACCAUAAAGGGGAUUCGUGAAGUUGUUGGCCAAGAACUUCCGAGAGAUCGGGGUUGUUUUGAAGCUCUGAGGGCGCGGGCGUGUCCCUCACUCCUCUUGCUAUUCUGAGAAAUGUGUUCCCCGAAUUCUAUCCGGAAACAAAAGGCUGAGGCACUCUUUCCCUGGGGCUUCUGGGAAGUGUAGUUCCGGAGCUCAGUGUAGUCAGAGGCACUUCCGCCCUUGGGAAGCGAGACUGCCACCAUCUUUUCGGUCCGGGAGGUGAGUUAGCCCUGCGUCCCCACGACCCCUCUGAGCCUUUUCGGCCUGAGCGUGGGACUAGUCGCUACCUAGCCGGCUGUCUUAGGAUGGAGAAGUCGCGGCCGCCGGCGGAGGCUGAGAGGCGGAGGGCAGAAGUGUGGAUUCCCUCAGCUCUCCUCCCCCACUUACCAAGCAGCGCUGCUACUUCCAUCGGUACAAUAUAUGGCGAGUUGUUUAUUAUCUGUGCCCUACUUUUCUCCUAUAAGAUAGCGAGAGAGACAGUAACUCCUAGGUAGGGGUGAGAUGAGACGUAAACGGGACCACACGCGUCAACAGCAUAGAACGCUGGUGGCACCUAACGGGUUGGCUCUUGCUAUUGAUCCUGUUAGUUUUCUCACCAGCGCAGUUUCUGUUGGACGCCCCAGUGAAGGGAGAGAGCGAGGAGCAAUGCCGCGGCCCGCCCGUCAUCCGUCAGGAGACUGAGCUCUUUACGAACUUUUACUGAUCCCUUUUUUAGGAAGCAUCGAGCCCCGCGUCAGUGCCUGGAGAUGUUCGCUGAAGUUUAUCCGGGAGACAGAUACAGCCGGGCUGUCCCACCGCAUCCUUCUCGUUCCACUCCUGAAUUCGGAGAGGGGAAGAAGGAGGGAAUUCUUGGCUUCUCACAGCCUAGCCUCAGCUGCAAGAGAAAGGGACUCCUGGUUUUUUGAACUUUCCGUCUGCUCAUUCACUCCUUGGAACAGCCCUAUGAGGAUCUGAAAUCUUUAUGGCAGGGAUACCGCGUUUGGCUGUGCGAGUUGUUGACUGUCCGGUGGCCACUGGCUGACAGACCUGUCAGUGGCUGCCGUGUCCCCCAGGCUCCGCGCACCGAGCUGUGCGUGGCUGCAUGUGCCGGAGUUAUGCCUUCUCAGGACUCUGCCCUUCCGCACAGGGAGCGGGAGGAAGUGACUGAGUUUCAGUUGAUGUUGCAGGAGGCAGUGACAUUCAAGGACGUGGCUGUGGUCUUCACGGAGGAGGAGCUGGGGCUGUUGGACUCCGCCCAGAGGGAGCUGUACCAGGAUGUGAUGCUGGAGAACUUCCGGAACCUGGUCUCUGUGGGACAUCUUCCCUUCAAACCAAAUAUGGUGUCCCAGCUGGAGGCAGAAGAAGAGCUUUGGAUGACGGAACGAGAAACGCAAAGAAACGGGUGUUCCGGUGAGAACCGCGCUGCCGUUCUUUCAGGCAACAGGAAUCAAAAUGAGAUGGAGAAUCCGCGAAAAGCUGCGUUAAAAUACAUUUCAUGGGAAGAGCCAUCCUGCUGGCAAAUCUGGAAACAGGUUGCAAGUGAUUUAACCAGGGGUCUUUACUGGAAGAGUUCCCCAUUACUACAGGGCGAUUCUGUUCAGGUUUCUGAAAAUGGGAACCAUGUAAUGAAUCGUAAAGGAAAUAACUCCAUUUGCCUUGAAAAUCAAGAGUUUUUGGUGUUGAGAACACAGGAUUCUCGUGUGAACACCUACCUGAGUGAGUCGCAGAAUCAGAGUAGAGCUGAGCACAUCAACAGGAAAAAUGACCUGCGUGUGUGUGAAGGCUUCAUGAGGAAACCACCACUCAGUGAGCCCGCUGAAACUGACACGGACCAGAAACCCUCCAAACGUAACGGAUGUGGCAGGAGCCUUGGUGACGGCUUCACUCGGCACUGCCCCUUUGGAGAGAGGCUCCGUCCAUGCAGAGAGUGUGGGAAAGGCUUCAGUCAUCGCUCGGUGCUGCCAGCUCACCAGAAAGUUCACACAGGAGAGAGAUGGCCCUGUCAGAGCUCACACCUUCAGACAUGUCUGAGGAUUCCCCGAGGAGAGAAAGUCGAUGAAUGUCAUGAAUCAGGUGACUGUUUCAGUAAGACGUCUUUUUAUCCUCAUCAGUCUCAUCAUAUGGGAGAGAAGUCAUAUCGGUGUGGCAGUUGUGGCAAAGGGUUCAGUAGCAGCACGGGGCUUACCGUCCACUACAGAACGCACACGGGAGAGAAGCCUUACAAAUGUGAAGAGUGUGGUAAAUGCUUCAGUCAGAGUUCAAAUUUUCAGUGCCAUCAGAGAGUCCACACAGAAGAAAAACCAUACAAAUGUGAAGAGUGUGGGAAGGGCUUCGGCUGGAGCGUUAAUCUUCGUGUUCAUCAGAGGGUCCACAGGGGUGAGAAACCCUAUAAAUGUGGGGAGUGUGGGAAGGGUUUCACUCAGGCCGCACAUUAUCACAUCCAUCGGCGGGUCCACACUGGGGAGAAACCUUACAAAUGUGAUGUCUGUGGCAAGGGCUUCAGUCACAAUUCCCCUUUAAUAUGCCACCGGAGGGUCCACACCGGAGAGAAACCCUACAAAUGUGAGGUGUGUGGGAAAGGCUUCACCCGGAAUACCGAUCUUCACAUCCAUUUCAGAGUCCACACGGGAGAGAAGCCCUACAAAUGUAAGGAGUGCGGGAAGGGCUUCAGUCAGGCUUCCAAUCUUCAGGUCCAUCAGAACGUCCACACCGGGGAGAAACGAUUCAAAUGCGAAACGUGUGGGAAGGGCUUCAGCCAGUCGUCAAAGCUUCAGACCCAUCAGAGAGUCCACACCGGAGAGAAGCCAUACAAAUGUGACGUGUGUGGUAAGGACUUCAGUUACAGUUCAAAUCUUAAACUGCACCAAGUGAUCCACACCGGAGAAAAACCAUAUAAAUGUGAGGAGUGCGGGAAGGGCUUCAGCUGGAGGUCAAAUCUUCACGCACAUCAGAGAGUCCACUCAGGAGAGAAACCCUACAGAUGUAAGGAGUGUGAUAAGGGCUUCAGUCAGGCCAUAGAUUUUCGGGUCCAUCAGAGAGUCCACACUGGAGAGAAACCCUACAAAUGUGAGGUGUGUGGGAAGGGCUUCAGUCAGUCCUCUGGUCUGCAGUCCCACCAGAGAGUCCACACUGGGGAAAAGCCGUACAAAUGUGAUGUCUGUGGAAAGGGUUUUAGAUACAGUUCACAGUUUAUAUACCAUCAGAGAGGCCACACUGGCGAGAAACCGUACAAAUGUGAAGAGUGUGGGAAAGGCUUCGGCAGGAGUUUGAAUCUUCGCCAUCACCAGAGGGUCCACACGGGAGAGAAACCCCAUAAGUGUGAGGAAUGUGGGAAGGCCUUCAGUCUCCCCUCAAAUCUUCGAGUCCAUCUGAGUGUUCACACUCGGGAGAAACUAUUUAAAUGUGAGGUGUGUGGUAAGGGCUUUAAUCAGAGUUCACGUCUUCAAGCCCAUCGGAGAGUCCACACUGGAGAAAAACCAUACAAGUGUGAUGUCUGUGGUAAGGACUUCAGUCACCGUUCCCGCCUCACGUACCAUCAGAAAGUCCAUACUGGCAAGAAUCUUUGUGCAGCUAAGAGUCCGGGCACUUCCGCUACAGGAGAGGGAGGCCGGCGUUAUCAGUACCUGCUGGGAGGUGAGUCGGUUUCUGGAACCUGCGUCGCUUCGAGCCUGCCUGGGCGUGGGAACUGCAGCUGUGCCUUCCCAGGACUCUGCGCUUCCACAGAAGGGGCAAGAAAAAUGACCAAAUGUCAGGAGGUGACAUUCAGUGAUGUAGCUGUGACCUUCACCAGGGAGGAGCUGGGGCUGUUGGACUCUGCCCAGAGGGAGCUGCACCGAGAUGUGAUGCUGGAGAACUUCCGGAACCUGCUGUCAGUGGGCCAUCCAUCCUUCAGGUUAGGGUUGAUAUUACAGGUCGGGAGAGAGGAGAAGCUUUGGACGAUGGAGACAGAAAUCCAAGGAGGACACAGGAAUCCAAAUGAACUAGAGAUUCUUCAAGAAGGAGGGUUAAGAUACCUUUUACAUGAAGACCUUAUGGGCUGGCAGAUAUGGGAACAACUUAAAAGUAAACUACCCAGAACUCAAGACCCGAUAAUAAAUCUGCAAGGUAGGAAGUCCAAGUUGCCAAAACAAGGUGAUGCCUCCUGUCAGAUGUGGGCAGGAGAAUCUACUCAGGUUCCUGAAGAUGGGAACUAUGUAGCAGAGCCUCAAGGGGAGAGUUCCAGCAGUAUCAAAAAUCAAGAAUUUCCAACUCGGCCCUCCUGGGAUUUCUGGAAGAAAAUGUACCUGAGAGAGUCACAGAAUUAUCAGAGGAGGAGUCAGCAAAUUGACAUAAAAAAUAAGCCGGGUAAGUGUGGUCAUUGUAUUAUGAGAAGGAUACCUGCUCAGCGUGGUGAACAGGAAGUACACAGAAGCGGGGAGGCUCGUAGCCACAAUAAUCAUGGAAAAGACUCCACAGAGAACUCAUCCCAGCAUGGUAUGAUCCACCCAGGAGAGCAGACCUCUGAUGAGAAUGGAAAAGCCUUCAGCCUUGACUCUGAUCUUGAAUUCCAUCAGCAACUGCCCCAAGGAGAGAAGCCCUGUGUGUGUAGUGAGUGUAGGAAGGGCACCAGUUCUAGCUUAGUGUUUCACAUCCAUCCGAGUGUUCACACAGGGGAGAGAUGCAGUAGGAGUGAUGAGUGUGGUACAGACCUGAGAGCCAGCACAGAUGAGAAACGCUUCCACUGUCAGGUGCGUGCUGAGAGCUUCCAUCAGAACUCCUCCCUUCCCACCUGGGAGCCUGAUCACCCAGGGGAGCAUCGGUAUGUGCGUGGCAGGCAUGGGAGGGCUGCCAGUCACAGCUUCAACCUUAACAGUCACUGUAUAGCCGACACUGAAGGGGAAUCCUGGAAACAUGAGCAGUGUGAUACAGGCCUCAGUCAGACAUCACAACCUCAAGGUCAUCAGAGAGCCCAACCCAGAGACAAAACAUACAAAAAGGCAUGUGACAGGAUAUCCAGCCAGAACUCUGCUCCUCAGCGGAGAGUUCACACUGGAGAGAAACUGUAUCAAUGCGAGGUGUGUGGGAAGGACUUCAGUAAGGCCUCAAACCUCCAGGCCCAUCAGAGGAUCCAUACCGGGGAGAAACCAUACAAGUGUGAUGUAUGUGAUAAGAACUUCAGCCGGAAUUCCCACCUCCAGGCCCAUCAGAGAGUCCACACUGGAGAAAAACCCUACAGAUGUGACAUGUGUGGCAAGGACUUCAGUCAGAUCUCCCAUCUCCAGGCCCACCAGAGAGUCCACACCGGAGAGAAGCCCUACAAAUGUGAGACAUGCGGGAAGGGCUUCAGUCAGAGCUCACAUGUGCAAGACCACCAGAGGGUCCACACUGGAGAGAAACCCUACACGUGUGACGUGUGUGGGAAGGGUUUCAGCUGGAGUUCACACCUUCAGGCCCAUCAGAGAGUUCACACUGGGGAGAAACCCUACAGGUGUGAAGCAUGUGGGAAAGGCUUCAUCUGGAACUCCUACCUUCAUGUCCAUCAGAGGAUCCACACGGGAGAGAAACCCUACAAGUGUGGCAUGUGUGGGAGGAGCUUCAGUCAGACCUCACACCUUCAGGCCCAUCGGAGGGUCCACACAGGCGAGAAACCCUACAGAUGUAUUGAUUGUGGUCAAGGCUUUAGCAAGCGUUCCUGUCUUCAAGUUCAUCAGAGAGUCCAUAAUGGUGGUCAACCCAGUUCACAUGCCAAGUGUGAGAAGAGUGUUCUUCAGACUGCAGACUUCCCAUUUCCAUCAGAAAACCUGCACAGCUGGGGCUAUUUAUAAAAUGUUGGGUUUUCAGAAUUCAGGAGUGAGCUGCAUUUUUUACAAUCAUUCCAUCGAAGGAAACCUAUUGGUUGUAUGAACAUGGCCAGUGUUUCCCACAGAGCCCCAAACUUCACAAUUCUCAAAGAGAAUACACAACAGGGAAACCUGGUCAGAAUGGUACAGUUUAAGUUUCAGUCCAAACCUUCAUAUUCAGUAGAAUCCACACCGGGAGAGGCUGCCAGAAUGAUACAGGGUCAGGAUGUCAACAAAAGUAAUGAUGGGGGAGGGGUGGAUACAGUAUAGGUCAGUGGUAGAGUGCAUGCUUAGCAUGCAUGAGGUCCUGGGUUCAAUCCCCAGUAACUCCACUAAAAAAAAAACAAACAAAAAACCUAAUUACCUCCCCGCACCAAAAGCCAAAAUGACAGAUGUGGCAAAAUCCACAGCCACUAGAGUGUCAGCUCCAUGGGGGCAGAGGGUUUGUUUACUGCUGUGUGACAUGGCCCGGAACCAGUGCCUGAUGUACAAGGUGCCCAGGAAUUGUCUAACGUGGAGAGGAAAGCUAUUAUAAGGAAGACAAAACAGUUGAACAUCUCAGUGAGCUCAGCCCCAAUUAGUCCAAGUAAAUUGUCCUGGGAGAAAGAUUCUUGUAAGAAGCCUUCAAAGUAAAUUCAAGGAAAUGAUCAUUUAGUAAAAAUAAGUAAAAUCGAACAGUCUGCAAUUUGAAUGUUAGAUUUUUGCCGCUGGCUCCUGUUCUCAGCCUCACCUUUCAAGCAGUGAAGGGCUAAAGUAUUUAAUCUCAUCAUUUAAGACUUUCUCUGUACCGGGUACCAUCAGUUGUGUCCAGCCUGAGUUUCACUAUUUUUCUUUCUUUGGGUCUUUGGUGACAAGAACAGACUGAAUGAAAAAAAAAAAAAAAAAAAACUCAUUUUUAAUUCCAUCAAGCUU